CCACAUAAUGAUGGAUCGUUUCCGUGUUUCCCCCUUUUUUAAGCUACCUUCAAUCCGGCAUAUAUACCACCUUUCACUGCGGACCGUUCUUCAUUCGAAGCUUGAGGUUCUGCACAGUGCAUCGAGGCUUUUCCGGCAGUCUUUGGCGAUAGAUAUGGGUGACAGCCGAAGUCAUUCCGGCAUUUUCAUAGCAAUUGAGGGGGCCGACCGGACAGGAAAAUCUACUCAAGCAUCUUUGCUUGCGGACGCAUUGACCAAGCUUACCGGACGAACUGCACUGCUCUUGAAGUUCCCCGAUCGCGACACUGCUCUUGGCAAGUGCUUGGAUAAUUAUCUGAAGGGUGAUACAGAUGUGGAUACACAUGCUUUACAUCUUUUAUUUACAGCUAACAGGUGGGAGAAACAAGAUGAGCUUCGAAGCGCCUUGUCCAGUGGUUGUUGCGUCGUAGCCGACCGGUACAGUUAUUCGGGAAUCGCCUACACAGCCGCGAAACCACCUCCCACACCAAGCUGGCAGUGGUGUUGCGCAAUGGAAAAAGGCCUAGUGGAGCCGGACUUGGUAAUUUGUCUUACUCCGGAGCAUUUUGAUCACUUGAAAGACCGAAAUGGCUACGGUACUGAACGGUAUGAAACGGAAGACUUUCAACGUCGUGUUUUGGAGAACUAUACGCGGCUAGCAAAAGACGCACAGUACACGGACUACAGUGAACUUGGUGUUGAAAAUCCUGACAAUGCCACCCAGUUUUGGCAUUUCGUUCAGGCAACAAACAAAACGAUGGAUCAAGUGCAUGAAUGUGUGAUGGCUAUUGUGAAACGGAAACUAGAAUCUAUGAAAUUGCCCGAAAUUAGUGACACCGACAUUUAAUUCCUGUCCAUUCCAUGUGAUAAAUGGUUGUCGCAUUUUUUCUGGCGUUUUUUCAAUAACGCACUAUAUGAUUGAUUCUUUUUAUUUGCAUAUACUUAGAAAUUCCCUAUUCUCUCCACACUCAACAACAGUACUUGUGUUUAAUUGCCAGAAACGAAAAUCGAGAUAGUCCUGGGGCCCAUGUAGUAAUUUCUGUGGCUUUAGUUCACCGAUUAUGCUGG